GGCACUUCAUUUUACAAGAUUAUCUUGGACUCCUACAGCAAAAGCACCUUACACCGUACAACCUCAACCACUUACACCAACCAAACAUCCACAAUGGCCGACAACAACAACCAGCAGCCCGGUCUUAUCGGCAGCCACGCCCAAUACGUCAAGGGUGCCGCAGAGGCCACCAUUGGUGCCAUCACCGGCUCUCAGCCCUGGAAGGCUUCGGGUGAGCAGGACAAGGCCGCUGGUCUUGCCGAUAUGAAGAAAGCUGGCGAACUUCGAGCGCAAAACGACCCCAACAACCAGAACGGAUAUGGAAAGGCCGAGGAGAUUGCCGGCAAGCUUACCGGUUGCCAGGGAAUGGAGCGCGAGGGUCACGCAAGCGCUGCUCAGAAGAAGGAAUAAAUGGUCUCUUUAGCGUUGAACGAUUGAUGUCUGUACGAUAUAUAUACCUCGGCAAUGAGAUCACUUCGAUGACUCUGUCGAUAAUACCAAAUUUUUCAUAACCCUUAG